AUGGUAGAGGAAUUGGAGGCACUCUGGGGAAGGUUUUCCUUGACAGAAGAGAAAAAGGAUGGACUAGCCGUGAUAGAAGAAGAUGUGGCAGAGAUCACGGCAAAAGGGAACCAUUGCCUAGUAGGUAAACUUAUCUCUGAUAGGUUUGUGAGCAAGAAUCUCAUACGAGCAAAAUUGAUUAGAUGGUGGAGGCCUACAGGAUCUUUGGAGUUUAAAGUCUUAGGAGAAAACAUGUUUCUGAUAGAUUUUGAAUACCAGUGGGACAAAAUCCAAGUUAUGGAGGGUCGACCAUGGAUCUUCGAAGGCCAGCUAUUCUCAAUGGCAGAAUAUGAUGGAGUCAUGCCUCCAAGCGAUAUGAAUUUUGACACGGCAUCCUUUUGGGUUCGUAUGUUUAAACUGCCGCUCUCUUGCAUGGGAAGGGAGAUGGGAUACAAGCUGGGUGCAAUCAUUGGGGAGGUAGAGGAUGUUGAUACGGAUGAGAAUGGAAUUAGGUGGGGAGAAUUCCUACGAGUCAAGGUCCAAGUUAAUGUGCUUAAACCCCUGUCGAGAGGACGGAUUCUCAAACUGAAAAACAAAACGUUAUAUAUUCCUUUUCAAUAUGAAAAAGUUCCAAAAAUUUGUUUUCAAUGUGGGGUUAUACGGCAUGGCGCCGGGGGGUGUGUGAAUGAGGAACUACGUUGGAAACAUGGCAAGGCGAGGGAGAAUGAAUAUGGGUCGUGGUUGCAAGUUGGUUCUCCAAAAAGAAGGCCGGAUUCAAGAAGGGGAUGGUAUGGGAACGAUGAUAAUCUCCAUGAAGAAGACAUUUUCCAUAGCUCUGCAUCAGAAACGAGACCUGCAAAUGUCUGGCCGGCGACGAGGACAAACUCGGAAAGUAACGGACACCAAACAAGGAAAGAUUCGAUGUUAGACAAAGAUGGAUUCUCCAUUAACUCCAUGAAAGAAACUGUUGCUGCAACGGGUGGAUUUCCUUGUGGGGAGUAUGACACAUUGAUGGGAGAGUCAUCUAAGGUGGAAAGUGGCGGAAAUCAAGGAGAAUCGAUGGGGCGUUUUGAGACCUCCACAAAAGGAAAGAAUGUGGGAAUGAAAGGAAAUAACUGUGGCGACAGGGAUCUGUUGGGGGCGCAAAACACGCAGAAUUUGAGUGGAAUGCAGCAAAAUCACAAUAGUCCUGGUUUUAAAACACAUACUACCACGUCAGAUGAGGUGAGGGAGGCUAGCCCACUAACAAGGGAGACUAUUGGGCCAAGCGAAAUAAGGGACCUGGUCCAGGUGGGCAAGACGAUUGGGUCUAUCCGAAAAUGGAAAAAGAAAGCUUGUGAGGUGAAGAGGAAUGAUGUUGAGGGUGAAGUGGAGGUGGGUUUGGGCAAAAGGAGUGCAGGAGAGACAGUUCGUGACCUUUGCCGAUUUGUAAGGGAAAAGAAACUCAUUUUGGUUUUCCUUAUGGAAACCAAACUUAAAGCUCCUAGGAUGGAAAGGCUAAAGUAUCAACUUGGUUUUGGGAGCGUUUUUAUGGUAGAUAGUGUGGGGAAGAGCAGAGGUUUGGCUUUGUUUUGGAAUAACGAUGGUGUGAUGGAAAUCCAAAAUUAUAGUCGGAGACAUAUUAAUGCAACGGUAAGGGUGGAUGAAGGAGCACAACCGUGGACAUUAACCAGCUUUUAUGGCAACCCAGAGGUGACGAAACGAAUAGAAUCAUGGGAUCUCCUCAUGCACCUCCAUUCGUUGUCUCUUAAUGCAUGGAUGUGUGUGGGGGAUUUCAAUGAAAUCCUGGCAGAUUCAGAGAAGUUUGGUGCAAAAAAUGGGCCUCGGAGUCAAAUACGGGCUUUUCGGGAAACCUUGGAGAAGUGCCAGUUUCAUGAUUUGGGAUUCCGGGGUCCUAAAUAUACAUGGAGUAAUAAAAGAGAGGAUGGUAAUUUCAUUAUGGAACGCUUAGACAGAGCCACUGCGAAUCAAGUUUGGAUGACUUUACACUAG